AUGCCGCAGCACACGAAGCGCGCCAUGGCGCAACGGAAAGCCAACAAGGAGCGUAGGGCGUGCCAAUACGGACAGCGUCCCGCCGCAUCGCGACGCGGCAGAACGUGGCAGGGGCCGCGCGCGCAGGAGGGGGGGCAGAAGCGCAGCCAUGCGCCGUACGCCAGCAUUUACGACGAGGCGGACCCGUUGGAUCGUCAGCUGUUUGACUACAUCAUUGUGGUGGACGUCGAGGCGACCUGCGAGGAAAACAACGCCAACUAUCCGCACGAAAUCAUUGAGCUUCCAGGUGUGCUGAUUGACGUGCGUCGCGGCGUUGUAGACAAGCGGCGUUCGUUUCGCUCAUACGUGCGGCCGUGGCGCAACCCCGUGCUUUCCGACUUCUGCAAAACGCUGACCGGCAUUGCGCAGGCGGACGUCGAUAACGCGCCGGACCUUCCGGAGGUGGUGAAGGCGUUUGAGCGGUGGUACCGUGCGACGAUUCCGGUUGGGGCCAAAGUUGCGUUUGCUGCGGACGGCCCGUGGGACUUCAAGAACUUCAUUUACGAGCACUCCAUCCUGCGCGACCACGUGAGUUUCCCCAACAUCUUCUAUGAAUACCUUGAUAUUCGCACGACGUUUGCCCACCACUUUAAUCGUGGUUCACCGAUCAAGUUAGACGCCAUGCUGCGUCGGAUGCAGCUGCAGUUUGAAGGUCGUCCUCACUGCGGCUUUGACGACGCGGUGAAUAUUGCGCGGCUCGCCGUGGCGAUGAUGCGGGCUGGCUGCGUCUUUGACUUCCUCAUCAGUAUCCCCCUGGAGGACGCGUACCACUACCCUCUAGGCGACUACCCGCUCUACCGCCGCGAAGAGGGCAGUGGCCGACUGGACCCCGACGUCGUAGAUGACAUCGCCAAACGGUGCUACGGUAUGGAGUACUUCAGCUUUGGGGAGCGGCAUAGGGAGGUGGUGCUUCAGUACCGCAAGAAGCAUCCCCACCAAUUUCGUGGCAUGACCGUUAAAGAAAUGGAGGAGAGGUUGCACCGUGGUAGACUGGCCAUUCGCUGUCGCUUGGUGGUGCUCUGCACGCUCGUGAUUGUUGCCGCCGCAAUGCUGCUCAUUCUGCUGUCCACACGGAUCUCCCGAUGGUGGGGGCGACUGCGGUAA